AUGAGUGACUUGUUUGAUGUCUUUGGAGAAAAUCCUGAUCAAGCUAUAGAUGUUCCAAUUGAAGAACUAGAGGCAGAAUAUCAAACCAAUGAGACUACACCAACUGAAGUAAGUGAAGCAAAUGAAAAAAGACAAAGACCUGUUUCAGAUGAUGAAUCAAAUGAGUCUUUUGGUGCUCAAGUUGAUAAGAAGAAGUUGAAACAUGGUGCCAAGUUGAUUGAUGAGAAGAAAAAGUCUUUGGUUGUACCAGUAGUGGCAGAUUCUUUUGAACAAGAAGAAUCAAGAGAAGUCGAGGCCUCUACAGGUCUAACCAAUGGUGCUACAGCUCCAGUUGAAGAAGAUGGUAAAGUCAAAUUGAAGCAUCAAGUUCGUCACCAAGUUGCACUUCCACCAAAUUACGACUAUCAACCUAUCGGUGAACACAAGAGACAAAACGAAGCUCGUACCUAUCCUUUUACUUUGGAUCCUUUCCAAGAUACUGCUAUUUCUUGUAUUGAUAGAGGUGAAUCCGUGUUGGUUUCUGCUCAUACUUCGGCAGGUAAGACUGUCGUUGCAGAAUAUGCAAUUGCUCAAUCUUUAAGAGAGAAACAAAGAGUUAUUUAUACAUCACCAAUUAAAGCAUUAUCUAACCAAAAAUAUAGAGAAUUAUUGGCUGAAUUUGGUGAUGUUGGUUUAAUGACAGGUGAUAUCACUAUAAACCCAGAUGCUGGUUGUUUAGUUAUGACUACUGAAAUUUUAAGAAGUAUGUUAUACAGAGGUAGUGAAGUUAUGAGAGAAGUCGCUUGGGUUAUCUUUGAUGAGGUCCAUUAUAUGAGAGAUAAAGAGCGUGGUGUUGUUUGGGAAGAAACUAUUAUUCUGUUACCAGAUAAGGUUCGUUAUGUUUUCUUAUCUGCCACGAUUCCAAAUUCGAUGGAAUUCGCUGAAUGGAUUUGUAAAAUUCAUUCUCAACCAUGUCAUAUUGUUUACACUGAUUUCCGUCCAACUCCAUUACAACAUUACUUAUUCCCAGCACAUGGUGAUGGUAUUUAUUUGGUAGUUGAUGAAAAGAGUACUUUUAGAGAAGAAAAUUUCCAAAAGGCAAUGGCUUCCAUUACCAACAGCACAGGUGAUGAUCCAAAUUCAGCUGAUAGCAGGGGAAAAAAUGGGAAAAGCUUCAAAGGUGGUUCUUCUAAAGGUGACGCUAAAGGGGAUAUUUACAAAAUCGUUAAAAUGAUUUGGAAGAAAAAAUAUAACCCAGUUAUUGUCUUUUCAUUUAGUAAACGUGAUUGUGAAGAAUUGGCUUUGAAAAUGUCAAAAUUGGAUUUCAACUCUGAUGAUGAAAAGGAUGCUUUAACAAAAAUCUUUAACAACGCAAUUGCUUUACUUCCAGAAACAGAUAGAGAACUUCCUCAAAUCAAGCAUAUUUUACCUUUGUUAAGAAGAGGUAUUGGUAUCCAUCACUCUGGUUUGUUACCAAUUUUAAAAGAAGUUAUUGAAAUUUUAUUCCAAGAAGGUUUCUUAAAGGUAUUGUUUGCUACUGAAACUUUCUCUAUUGGUUUGAAUAUGCCUGCUAAAACUGUUGUAUUCACUUCUGUCAGAAAGUGGGAUGGUAAGCAAUUCCGUUGGGUUUCCGGUGGUGAAUAUAUUCAAAUGUCAGGUCGUGCUGGUCGUCGUGGUUUAGAUGACCGUGGUAUUGUCAUCAUGAUGAUUGAUGAAAAAAUGGAGCCACAAGUAGCAAAAGGUAUGGUCAAGGGCCAAGCCGAUAGAUUGGAUUCGGCAUUCCAUCUAGGUUAUAAUAUGAUAUUGAACUUGAUGAGAGUUGAAGGUAUUUCUCCUGAAUUUAUGCUAGAAAAUUCCUUUUACCAAUUCCAGAAUGUCAUUUCUGUCCCAGUUAUGGAAAAGCAAUUGGUAGAAUUACAAAAUGAAGUUGAUGAAAUUUAUGUUGAAGAAGAGGAUAGUAUUAAAGAAUAUUAUGAUGUCAAAAAAACUCUUGAAACCUAUAAGCAGGAUUUACGUCAUAUCAUUACCCACCCUGCUAAUAUUUUAAGUUUUUUGCAACCUGGUAGAUUAGUUAAGGUCGAGGUUGGAGAAAAACAAGAUUAUGGUUGGGCUACUGUCAUCGACUUUGCUAAACGUGUAAACAAACGUGACCCAUCUGCUAUUUAUACAGAUCAUGAAUCGUAUCUUGUUAAUGUUGUUGUCAAUACAAUGUACGUUGAUGCUCCAAUUAAUUUAAUUAAACAAUUUAAUCCAGCAUUGCCAGAGGGUAUUCGUCCUGCUGCAGAAGGUGAAAAGUCGAUAUGUUGUAUUCUUCCAGUUACUUUAGAGUCCGUUACUAGUGUAGGUAAUUUGAGACUUUUCAUGCCAAAGGAUAUAAAGGCUAGUGGCCAAAAGGAAACUGUAGGAAAGUCUCUUCAAGAAGUACAAAGAAGAUUCCCUAAUGGUAUUCCUGAAAUUGAUCCAGUUAAAAAUAUGAAGAUUGACGAUGAAGACUUCCAUAAGCUUCUAAGAAAAAUCAACGUUUUAGAGUCUAAAUUAAACUCUAAUCCUUUAACUGAUUCAAUUAGACUUCCGGAAUUAUAUGAAAAAUAUAGUAAGAAACAUACUAUUAACGAUGAUAUUAAAAAGCUAAAGACAAAAAUUAAUGAAUCACAGGCGGUUAUCCAACUUGACGACCUGCGUAAGAGAAAGAGAGUAUUAAGAAGAUUAGGCUUCUGUACUCCAAGUGAUAUCAUCGAAUUAAAGGGUAGAGUUGCCUGUGAAAUAUCUAGUGGUGACGAACUUUUGUUAACCGAGCUGAUAUUCAAUGGUAACUUUAAUGAAUUGACUCCUGAACAAGCAGCAGCAUUGCUAUCUUGUUUUGCUUUCCAAGAAAGAUGUAAAGAAGCUCCAAGAUUGAAACCUGAAUUGGGAGAACCUUUGAAAGCUAUGAGAGAAGUAGCAGCAAAAAUCGCAAAGGUUAUGAAGGAUUCCAAAAUUGAGGUUGUUGAAAAAGAUUACGUGGAAAGCUUCAGACAUGAAUUAAUGGAAGUCGUAUAUGAAUGGUGUAAAGGUGCCACUUUCACUCAAAUUUGUAAAAUGACAGACGUUUAUGAGGGUUCCUUAAUUAGAAUGUUUAAGAGACUUGAAGAAUUAGUAAAGGAAUUGGUCGAUGUAUCAAAUACCAUUGGUAACACUGCAUUAAAGGAAAAAAUGGAAGCCAUCCUAAAAUUAAUCCACAGAGAUAUUGUUUCUGCUGGUUCAUUGUAUUUAUAG